AUGUCAACUUCAUUCAUCGAGCAGACAAAGCAAAACAGAAUCGAUUUACACAAUCGACUGUUAGACGACAAAAUCGAGCUGCAAGGAAAAAUACAACAGCUCAUUAAGAGUUAUGGCAAGGAUUCUGCCGACCGACGCCUCCGAGAAGGCUACUAUGCCGGUAGAUUAGAACAACUGAGGGAGCUCUGGCAACAAUUUUGUGAUCUGGAUGAAGAGGUCCAGCAAGCGGCAUUACCCACGGGAAGUGAAUACUCUUCACGACUAACAGCUCUUAAGGAGCUGGUCGAGAAAUAUCAGAAAAUCUUCCUGGACAACAUACCGACUGGAAGCGGUCCACCGAAUCACAACAGGAGAUCAACAGACGCAAACGAUUGGGGCAAUGUUUAUCCAAAUAUGUCUGGGGAUGGUGCCCUCGGUAUGGUUAUGCAACAUAAAGCCGAUAUCUGCAUUGGUGCAAUGUACUCGUGGUCUGAAGAUUACACAUAUUUAGAUCUCUCCGUGUAUCUUGUGAGGUCUGGAAUAACAUGCCUUGUUCCAGCUCCAUUGCGGAUAGCUAGUUGGCAACUACCUUUAGAACCUUUCCAAAAACCUCUAUGGGCUGCAAUCCUGUUAUGCCUAUGUAUAGAAGCUAUCGGACUAAUUUUAGCAUAUAAAAGUGAGCAGGAACUGUACGUACCACAAAAAAACCCUGAUGGAUGGUGGACUUGCACAAAAUUCGGGAUUUCUACUACUUUUAAGCUUUUUAUAUCGCAAUCAGAAAAUAGCAAAGCAAAUUCACUUACAGUUCGUCUGUUGCUCUUCGUCUGCUUUCUAAAUGAUUUAAUCAUUACCAGCAUAUAUGGUGGUGGCUUAGCCAGUAUAUUGACAGUACCCAGCAUGGACGAGGCAGCCGACACAGUCCACCGUCUGCGAUUGCACCGAUUACAGUGGGCGGCCAACUCUGAGGCAUGGGUCUCAGCCAUACGCGGGUCGGAUGAGCCAUUAGUGCGAGAUUUGUUAUACAAUUUUCACAUAUAUAGCGAUGAUCGGUUGCUUCGAUUAGCUCAGGAGAAGAGGGUGCACAUUGGAUUUACAGUAGAGCGUCUGCCGUUUGGUCACUUUGCUAUCGGUAACUAUUUGGUGCCUCAAGCGAUUGACCAGUUGAUAAUUAUGAAGGAUGAUCUAUAUUUCCAGUAUACAGUUGCUUUUGUUCCCAGACUUUGGCCUCUCUUAGAUCAAUUCAAUUCACUGAUUUAUAGCUGGCAUUCGUCAGGACUCGACAAAUACUGGGAAUAUCGUGUAGUAGCUAAUAACUUAAACCUAAAGAUACAAAAACAACUCGAAGAAACUAUGUCCAAAAAUAAAGGAGAUAUUGGUCCGAACAUGCUUGGAAUGUCUAACUUUGCUGGAAUAAUACUUGUGUGGAUAUUAGGAUCAAUUGUUGCUCUGUUGUUCUUUUCUUUAGAGCUUAUAUACUUUAACCUGGAAAUGAACACUAGAGAGAAAGAGACGACUAUUACCCACAAUCAAAAAGUAAAGCGACAACCACAAAAAUUUCGACGAGACGAGCAAAGUUGCGCCACCAGAGAGAAGCGGCUAGUAGAGGUGCUACCAGAGGAACUUGGCUAUCAGAGAUGCGCUACCAGAGAAGCAUUGCCAGUCGAAAUUUUGCAACUUGCCACUCCUGCUAAGAGAUGGACUACACCAGAAGCACUACCGAGUGAGCUUCACCAGACGAAGUCCUGCAGUCCUAUACAAGAAGGGCUACCAGAGAAGACCAACCAGAUGAAGUCCUGCAGUCCUAUACAUGAAGGGCUACCAGAGAAGCGGCUCCAAUCGGGUCUAACAGAGAGACUCCACCAGAAGCGGUCCUGCCAGGAGAGAUCGUACCGAACCAGAGAAGCAUUGCCCGUGAAGAGCUGGGUAAAGAUCUGCAAGAUGACGUGA